AACUUUGUGCCGAAUACUCGACAACUGUACUUGCAGUGCUAUUCUUUUCGCAUACAUCUGAUGUGUCGUGAUAUAGUUAAUUGUUUGUAUGAUCAUCGUGCCUGAUAAUAUUCUAUAAUGAUAGAAUUCAACGAUAACUAUCAAUUUUCUUAACGUACUGUGAUAUAAGCAUUUUUACAAUGAGUAUUUUUACUUCGUUGCAGAAGUUUGUUAUCUGUGUUAGUGCAGGGAAACGAUGUUUUUCUCGAGUCGGUUUCAUCGGUUUGGGCAACAUGGGUAGUCACAUGGCGAGAAAUAUUCUACGAAACGGUCACAAACUAGUCGUCUUUGAUGUGAACGAAUCAGCUGUGUCGAGUUUGACAGAGGUAGGUGCUGACAGAGCUUCGGAUCCUACUGAAGUGGCAAAAGACGUCGAAGUAGUCGUUUCGAUGUUGCCAUCUAAUCAAGAUGUUCUGGACGUUUAUAACAUUAAAAAUGGUUUACUGAGUUCAGCAAAAAGGGACACUCUGCUGAUCGAUAGCAGCACAAUAGAUCCGUUUGUAUCUCAAAUUUUGGCGAAGGAGGCUGAAAAAAUUAGCGUUAAUUUUAUAGACAGUCCAGUAUCUGGAGGCAUAAAUGCAGCUAAGAAUGGAACAUUGACAUUCAUGGUUGGAGGUUCUAAGGAAAAUUUUGAACUUGCCAAGCCUCUUUUAAAAUCCAUGGGAUCUAAGAUAAUUCACUGUGGAAACGUGGGUAUGGGCCAAGCAGCAAAAUUGUGUAAUAACAUGCUUUUGGCUAUUAGCAUGAUCGGCACAGCUGAAGCAUUUAAUCUCGGACAAAAGUUAGGCCUAGAUCCCAAGGUGUUAGCUAAUAUUGUGAACUCUAGCUCCGGCAGAUGUUGGUCUUCCGAGUUGUACAAUCCUGUUCCAGGUAUCCUCGACAAUGUUCCAAGCUCUAAAAAUUACGAGGGUGGUUUUGGAGUGACUUUAAUGGCCAAGGAUUUAGGAUUGGUGCAGGCUGCCGCUGCUAAGGUAGAAGCAAGUAUUCCUUUUGGAUCCUUGGCUCAUCAAAUUUAUAGGACAAUUAUCGCUCAAGGAUUUACAAAGAAAGAUUUCAGUUUCGUUUACCAGUUUCUUAAAGUAGCAUAGAGUGCGCUACAAGACGGAACAGUCAUGAAGCGUCGGUAACAAAUCAAGAAUAUUAAAUUGAAAGAUUACAGAUUAAUGUUAUAUGUAAAUAUAUUAUAGUAUAUAUAAUAAUGAAUAGGAUGUAACGUAAAAUAGAAGCGAAUUGUUUUGGAUUAGUGUUUUUUUACAAAUGUAUUAGUUUUCUACUAUACCGACUUUGUCACGCUGAUAUUUAUAUACGUCACGUUUUAAAGUUACUUAUAUUUAUAGUGCAAACGGAGAUAAUCGUGUUAAAAUUAUCAUACGUAUUCCUUGAUUAUUUACAUUCAAUUCUAGCCAUAUGAAAAUUAAAUUACUGAUAGACGUAAAUAGUACACGUUGUUACAUUGACUAGCGCAGUAUGUUAAACCACUUACUAGUUUAAAACUUUCCCAAUUGAAUUAGACGUAUCGAUUAUAGCAUCAUUAAAUAUCCAAUUAUUGCAUGUUGUUUAUAAAAACACCACACAAGAAAGAUAUUUCAAAGUAAAAAAAUUUAAUCUGAGAAAGUAAUUCUAAACCUAAAUUAUCAAGAUAUUUUCGACUUGCUCUACCUUACCAACAUAUUGCACUCAAGAUAGCUACACUUGAAAUAAUAUUUCUAACCAACAUUUCGAAGAAUAAUAAAAUCAGUAUUUCACUUGUUCGUAAUUAAGGUCUUUCAAAUAAAUAAUUUCUUGCAGAAAAGAUUUUGGGGAAAUUUGAUAUAUAUAAAUAUUUCGUUACC